AUGUUCGCCCUAGUGAGACCAGGUCAGCUUGCGAUAGUAGCUUCGGAUUCCCAGGAACCUUCCCAGACAGUUGAACUUCGGCGUCGAGAUCGACCUCAAGCUGUGGAACUAUCAGCAGAUACCGCGGGACGCAGUCCUAGUGCUGCCGCUUCAACUGCGCCAACUGAACCGUCUACUGCCGCUUCAAGUGUGCCAACGGAACUGUCUACUGCAGCCUCGAGGAAGUGGGUCAACGUAGGCCAGAGCGUGAACUGCCAAUGGUCCCCUAAUGGUAAUCUGUUCGGUAGCGUGUCUUUUGGAGAAGUCCAAUUAACCGCAUAUGUCGACGGAUACCUUAUGGGAGUCAAGAAAAGCGAUAUUUUUGCUAUUGUGGAGGUAAAGGCAGGAAUCCGGGACCCCGAGCAAUAUCCGUUGGUCGAGUGGCAAGAAGGCGCAGAAAUGGUCAGCUGGAUCAUGAAUGAUGAGGAGAAUCUGCGACAUCAUCCAUUCGAAACGCGCCUCUUGAUCUCUUUGAAUCGACAUGAGAUGUAUUUGACACUCGCCCGCUACCACGAGGACUACGUAAAGUUCCUAAAGGGAGAAUUUCAAGGGUUGAAGAGCUACCCCGAGAAUAGAUUCCUCCACUUGCACGAGUACGGCCCAUGGGAUAUCGGCAAGAAAUCUCACAUGAGGGACCUGGCCGAAAUCAUCGUAGGUUUCUCUCUCCGUGUCAAAGAUGAACAGGCUAGAUCGGCUGUGCCAUCAGGGAGUGGUCCUGACGGGGCGUGA